AUGGAGAGUGCUCUAAGCCUAACCCAAUCGCCUCCACCACCGACACCAACUUACAUCUAUAAAUCUCCGCCUCCUCCUCCUUACGUGUACAAAUCUCCACCACCAUCACCACCGACCUACAUCUACAAAUCCCCACCACCUCCUCCUUACAUCUACAAGUCUCCACCGCCGCCACUAUACGUCUACUCAUCACCUCCACCACCCGUAACGUCACCGCCACCACCAUACGUGUACUCAUCACCUCCCCCACCAGUGAAGUCACCACCACCACCGUAUGUGUACUCAUCACCUCCACCACCCGUGAAGUCACCACCACCACCAUACGUGUACUCAUCACCUCCUCCGCCCGUGAAGUCACCACCACCACCUUACGUGUACUCAUCACCUCCACCACCCGUGAAGUCACCGCCACCACCAUAUGUCUACUCAUCACCUCCACCACCCGUAAAAUCACCACCCCCACCAUACGUGUACUCAUCACCUCCCCCACCCGUGAAGUCACCACCACCACCACCUUACGUGUACUCAUCACCUCCACCACCCGUGAAGUCACCACCACCACCGUACGUGUACUCAUCACCUCCACCACCCGUGAAGUCACCGCCACCACCGUACGUGUACUCAUCACCUCCACCACCUGUGAAGUCACCUCCACCACCAUAUGUCUACUCAUCACCUCCACCACCUGUGAAGUCACCACCACCACCAUAUGUCUACUCAUCACCUCCACCACCUGUAAAAUCACCGCCACCACCAUAUGUCUACUCAUCACCUCCACCACCCGUAAAGUCACCUCCACCACCGGCAUACAUCUACGCCUCCCCACCUCCUCCAACCCAUUAUUAAGCUGUGAAAAAUGUAAGUCGUCAUCUAAAUUAAUCAUCCACGUACAUUUUAUUAGUCAUCCACAUACACUUUAUUAGUCCAUCGUCUGAUUUUUAAUUGUUCAAUUUGCAGCAGUCAGUCUAGGGUUCCGAAUAAAAGAAGGCUUCCGCUACCAACUUCUUAGAGCAACUAUUUUAUUCAUGAAUAAGGUUCUUCAAGCAUUAGAAAGCAUCAAAGUUUGCGUGUUGGACCAAUUUUCAUCUACUUCUGUUGCUGUUAUCCUCCAUAUUUUCGUUGCUAUAUCUUCAAGUACUGGAAGUGGCUCAAAGAUACAAUAUCUGUUUGGACAAAGAAGAUUUUAGACAGUGAAAAGUAAUUGCAUCUAGGGGCAGUGUUUGUUCGUAUAUUAUUGUACAGUGGAUGGCUUUGUUUGGUUGAAAUUUAUAUUCAUUACCAUUCUUUCUUUCUUCUCUUGUACUCUCUCAGCUCAAUGUUUCUAAUAAAAGCAAUUGAUUUUUUCUCACACAUCUCCUUAUAUUACUUUGGUUUUUCUUUUAUGCGUGUGUGUGUAUAUCUGUAUUUAUCUAUUUUUUGCGGGUCGAGUCUCGCGUCUACGUAAAUCCGCCUCAUAACUGACCCGUUGUCAUCCCCAAAUUGACCGACCCGUUGCCAUCCCUAAAUUGAAUCUCAAUUUGACCUCCAAUUUCACAAAUUAUUCAAAUUUGACCACUAACCUAGUUUUGACUCCGAUUUCAAUCGUCGC